CAAACCUCUGGCUCCACCUCCGUCUCUUUAUGAAAACGGAUCCAGAAGUGAUUGCGCAGUAAAACCCCAACAUGGGACAAGUUCUGGACACGCCGUCGCGGUGCCCUCUGUGCGGCGAGGUGACCCGGGACCUGGUGACGCUGAAGUGCAGCCACCAGUUCUGCCAGCGCUGCCUCGGGGACUUGUGGAGCGUCUCCCCGACCGGCCCGUACCACUGCCCGCAGUGGCGCUGCAGCGCCGUCUACCGCACCCCGCCGUUCGCACGCAGCCAAACUGGCAAUAAUGCAGGCAUAUUCAGUAAUGAAGAGCAAAAUACAUCCGACCCGCUACUGACGAGGCCUACGCUCGCCAGACGACUCCUGGGGAAGAGGAAAGCCAGCGCGCCUGUUUCCGAGCAACCUGCCACAAAGCGAACAACAGUGCAGUCUCCUUCUGAGUCGUCCAGUAACGCCGAGAUUCCCAGCACGUCUUCGUCAGAUAAAGCUGGGGUGUCUGCUGUCGUGGGAGCAUCCAAAAAGCCAGAAGUCACGCUCUCUGAGCGCAGUGAUAGCGCACACCAGAAUGACAAUUCUGACAGGAAUAAAAUCGUACAUAUAAGCGAUGACUCCGACAGCGCCAGUGAAAUAGAUCUAUGUGAGUCGCCUCUGAUUGUGACCCCCAAGAAAGAUGCACACAAAACAGGAAGUCACAGCACACCAAAGAAACCUGCCAACUCUCUCAGCUCUCAUGGAGAUUCACGUACGUCUCCCGUACACCAAGUCAGCAAGACGCCUCCAUUAUUCACUAAAAGACCUGCGUCUGUGACAGGAUCACCGAGCCAUGCGGGCGCGUCCUUCAGACCGGAGAACAGAGGCUCCAGCCCCGUUCGCUGUCAUUACUGCCCUAAAACUGGGUAUCAGUCAGCGGUGAAGACCUGUCUCGUGUGCGGAGCCUCCAUGUGUAAAGAACACCUGCGUCCUCACCUGGAAUCCCCGGUUUUCCAGACUCACACUCUGGUCGCUCCCAUGGAGGACAUUUCACUGUGGAGGUGCCAGGAGCAUCAGGAGAUGAACCGGAUCUACUGUCGGCAGUGCGGGGUGUGUGUGUGCACGGUGUGCACCGUCAUCGGCUCCCACAGAGACCACGCCUGCAUCAGCAUCAGGGAGGCCGAGAGGGAUCUCCGGGCAAACCUGAAAGACGAGAUUAAACAGCUGCAGGAGGCUGAGCAGCAGGUGAACAACAGAGUGAACGAACUCACACAGAAGAAAGAGGCAUCCCAGGUGGUUUUAAAUGAGGCCCAAGCUUGUGUGAAGAAGCAGUACGAAGCCAUCCGAGAGGCUUUGGAGCAAGAGGAGCAGUCGGCUCUCCAGUGCGUGCUGAAGGAGGAGACGCAGGUUCUCGGGGGGCUGGAGGAGAAACUCUCUCGCCUGCGGAGCUCCCUGCAGUCCAUCCAGAACGGCCUGCACACGCUCGAGAGUCUGUCCGAUGCCAAGGGAGAGAAACAGGUUCAGGAGCAGGCCUUCAUUAUGGAAUACAGCAAGGUUUCCCACCUGACCAGCGACGUGGGGAGUGACGAGGAGCUGUUCGAGGCUACGCAGGAAGUGGACCAAGCCCGCUUGAAAUGCCUGCAGAGAUGGACAGAGAACCGCUUGGACGCGGUUGUCAUCACCAUGCCGGGCAAAGACAGAGACCUCUACAAGCUGCUGUAUGGUACCAUUCCCCUCCUGGAUACAGAUACAGCCCAUCCAAAGCUGCAGCUGUCUGACAGCAACAGGAGGGCGAGCUACAGCGAGGCCCAGCAGGACUAUACGGAGCACGAGGCUCGCUUCAGCUCCUUCCCGCAGGUCCUGGCCUCCUGUGCCCUGGAGGGGGGCCGGUGGUACUGGGAGGUGGAGGUGUCCGCGGAUGAGGGCCGCUGGAAGGUGGGGCUGUGCGAGAGUCAGAUGGAAAGGAAAGGGCAAAAGGACAGCGCUCGGCUGGGGUUCAACGGCUCCUCCUGGUGCCUGGCUUACGACAGAAAGAAGCUGGAAGCGCUGCAUAACAAGGAGUCGUUUCCUGUGAAGGCAGAUGGGCUCCAGAGGGUGGGAGUUUUCCUUGAUUUUCAGGAGGGGAGUUUAUCAUUCUUUAAUGCGACACCAGGGGGCAGCCUCGCUUUAUUGCAUUCCUACAAGCACACAUUCUCCAGCCCUGUUUAUCCAGCCUUUUCUGUGUCUAAAACACACCUGGCCAUCUGUGAACUGUUCCAGUCCUAGACGGACAGACUCUCACUUCUGCUGGAGAUUUACAGAAUAUGUGAAAGCUUGUGCCUUUUUAUACGAUGUAAUUGCUUCAUUGCUUCAUUUCAUUUUCUCUUGAUUUGAUAUAUAGUUCAACACUGGAAUUGUUCCCAGGUAGAAGUGCUGUUCACUGAAGACUCAACAUUCCAGAUGAAAGUGUUUCUAGUGUAAAAUCUGAAAUUUAUAGUGUUUUUAAUUUGAGGUUGUACAGUCUUAUUGAUAUACAAAUACAUGAGUUUUUAAGUGGAUUGCACGAUACCUGUGUUGAUCAAUUUAAGCUUAACUCAGUGGCGUCAAUUCAGUCAAAGCUAAGGUAUGGCAAGGUUACGAGUCUCAGAACUUAACUACAGUAUCAAUCAACAUGCCCAGUAUACUCAUCACAGAAGUCUGCUAUGUAGCUUAUCUGUGUGGUCAAGAAAAUGUGAAAUUUUUCAAAUGCAGCCUCACUCACAUCCUGCUAACUAUGAACACUACACUUAAGGCUGAUUUA